CCGUCGCGGUUGUCUCUCUUUUUUUCAAGGUGUUAGUGAGUUUUUUCUGCAGAGUCUUGUCGUGUGCCUUUCUAGUCACGUGUCAACCGGGAACACGCCCUUAGUGAAGUUAUCGGGCUCCGGUUUUGUACUCGUUUUGGCGAUCGUUCGCUUGUUGGUUUCCCAGUACCACAGUCUUCCUUUCGUUGGCCUAUCGGUAUUACACGUGGUUCGCUGUACUUUCGCGUUCAUAUCGAUAUAACCCAUGAUACAGAUCCGGGUUACGUGUGUCUUCGUAGCAGACAGAACUCACGGCAGCGUUUUUGUGUGUUUAGGGACCGAUACAAAGACCUACUUGUGAGUGCCUUGUCCGGCAACAACAGAAAGCUGCCCUCUCAUCUUGAAUUCCAUGCAGCCUUCCUCAUCCUUCCCUCUUUUUUGGUACACCUUUUUGCAACCAUGGUGAGGAGUAGCUCUGUGAGUGCCGUUCUGUUGUGUGCGCGUUCCUCAUUCCGUUCUCCAUCGGUUGGACGGGAAGGUGCAACAAAAGCGGAGACUUUGCCCGAGACAAGAGUCUCCCAAGGCUCUGCAAAUUCUUCCUCCGUCUCAUAUGUAGCCAAAGAAACAUCGCCGGUCGAUUGCCUGCAAAUUUGCAGGAACUCAACUGCUGACGAUGGACGCCUUCCUUCGCAUGCGGGCGCCGAGACGUUUUCCACACAGGAUCGUACACCGCUCCAGUCCUCCUUUUUGACACGCAGUUGGAUUCCAUUUCGCCACAAAGAAAGGAAGGUUCUCGGUGCCGAAAGACCUGCAGAAGGUGCCGCUGAUCGAAAUGUCGAAAAUCCUGUUCACAAACACCUGAAAAAAAGCACGCGAGGAGAGUCCUUUGACGGUAGUUUAGGUUGGCGUUCAGGUGGUUGCCGUUUCUUGUCCAAAAGAAAGGGCAAACGUCGGGCUUCUUCGUGUCCUUCUGUCAGUUCCAGGAGUCAGGAAGUAGCUGAAUACGGACGGACUGGUUCUGGCGAGCAGAAAAACGCUCGUUGCGCCGAACCGACAAAUUCGUGUUCACCGAAACGCGGCAGAGAACCCCUGAGGCUCUUUACCCUCACUUCUUGCUUAAUUAGGAGACGCCAGAACAGUGCAUGUCGUUUCGCGGAGACUGAAAACGCAGCCGGGAAUCCCAGGCAGGCAUCAAGGGAAGAAAGAGGUGCUUUCUGUGAAGGAACCGGUAGCAGAGGUUGUCGCUGUUGUAGCUCGGGCGCUGGAGAAGUGCCUGUGCACCCUAAGUUUUCGUCGUUCCCUGUGCCAGGAGAACGUGAUUCUGCUUCUCUUUCUCCGGGAAGCCACACCACGAAGAGUCGGGAGAACAGCUGUCCGGUCAACACCGCGGAAAAGGUGAAAGUUCCUCCUUUUCGCCGAGAAGCAAAUACGACAAGAACGCCAGGAAGAUCGGACACCCCCGGCGCCCCUUCGCCGCACCCGAGGAAAAACUUCCGAAGUGCAGAGACAGAAGACAGAAACAUGCAGGUGGAAACAACUGCAAGCCAACGUCUGAAAACGCGCGAGUCUUCGGUUGCGAAAACCAUUUUGGAAUACAGAGAGGAAUACGAAUGCGCCCCGCCCCGAUCCGAACCUUGCGUAAAGCUCCGCUCAACCCGCAGUGCUGUGACCUACAAGCAGACUUCACAGCUUCGUGCAGAAAGGAAAAAACACUGCGUUCUGAGGCAUCAGUCGCGGGACAGACACCGGUUUCCGUCUGCGAGUAGACCGGAACCGAGGACUGACAGAGGGGGGAAGACAGUCUUUAGAUCAGACACAAACGUAUACACGCGCGGCCGUCAUUUCCACAAAGCCUCUGAAAGAAAAGCGACAGACCCGCAGGCACCGCGAGCGAAGAGGGAAUGGAAUGCGAAGACACCGGAACACCUAGAGCCGCUCUGCGGAGAAAAGGAAAAGCAAAAGCCGGAACUCGAGGUAGAACAAACGCUAGCGAAAGCCGCACUGAGAAAAACCCGCGCCGAAGAUUCACAACCGACUGCAAAACGAACAAGAGAGCUUGAGCCCAGAGUUCCUAGUGAAUUCAAAAGAGAAAGAGAAACGAGGCCACACUCAAAAGGUCGCAAGCACUGCCUCAGCAAACAAGCACAAGAAGAAGGCGAGAGAAGCUGGGUGUCGGAAAAGGGUCCGCGAGACGUUUGCGAUCCGUCGACGUCGAAGAACCACAAAACAUCCUCCAAAGAAGCCCAACAGACGAAACAGAGCUCCUCAGAAUGCCGCGAUGGUACUGGUACGGGCGUGCAUGAAAGUUUUAAGCUUUUUCCGCACGGCGUAACUUGCGCUGGAUCUGUUAAGGCAGCCUUGUCCUGCUCUCAGCACUCGCGUUUUCCUUCGCCUGCUGAGCCGACAAGAAACGGAUUUCCUCGAUCUCCAGCCUACGUACCGUGUGAUGGUAGAGUCGACAAACAUCGGAACGGGCCCCUUUCUCAUGGAAGAACAGAACAGGACAAAACGGAGGAAAGGAACCACCAACGAGUUCUAGCACGGAGACUUUCUCCGUCAGCUGUGCCUCCCGCAGCAAUCUCCCGCCUUCCUGCUCAAGCGCAGCGACUUGCGACCUCUUUCCUGUCAAAUCGCGAUCUGUUUUUUUCCCUGCCUUCCUGUUCGGCGGCGGUGUUAUCUCUUGAAGAAACCGAAAACACUGGCGUGUAUUGUGUCGGCACACCCGCCUCGUUGUGUCGGCUUGAGAGGUCCGGAUGGGCAAGACCAAAAACCGGCGCUCUAGAGGAGGGGAAAAACAAAGUCUGCCUUGAGGCGUGAAAGCGCGCGCACCUUGACUUUUCUCAUAGCUACUGCCACCCGGCCCGCGACAUCCAGCCGACGGCGGAAUGCAAGUAAAAACAACACACCUAAAACUGCUGGGGCCUGUGGAUAAAUGUCAAGCAUGCGACCUUCACGUUUUCUGUGUGAAAUCUUCUUCGAAGAAACACCUACGGCUUCAGAAAAAUGCAGACGUACCCACCUGUGAUACCCCUAAAUACGCAUAUGCGUAUCCUCAUUUUUUUCUUUUGGAAUUCUUCUCGUCGAAGACUCAAAUGAUGUAGCAGAAACGGUCUCUCUUUUCCGCACGUAUUGUGUAGGGUAACGACGCCUUCAGCUUUUACGUGGUGUGAUUGCGACUGAAAGGUGGAAUCUGCGGACGGAGAUCCACUGAUUCGCUGGUUUCGCCCAUACAUUCGCGCAUUUACCUCUUCCUUCUUUCCCUAGAAUCCAUCGGUUCGCUGAAAAUGCUUGACUUGUUUUUUUGCUGUCACGAAACUCCUGACACAAACUGCCGGUAGCCGGCCGCUAAAACGGCCCUCUGUCGAGCAACGUUCGUCACCCCUGUGUGCUCAUAGACCCCAAGCUCAAAUACAUUUACAUACACACGCACACCUUUAAGUUCCUAUAGAGAAAGGCUAAUUGACGUACACCCAACUGCAGGGUUGAAUUUCUCCCGACAUUGGAAAACUCGUCGUGCAGCGUUUUCGUGAUCACUGUUGACGAUAUCCAUCUAGCUCAGCAAGAACGCCGGAAGA